GCUCCCCAGCGCCAAGCACGGCUGCAUGGAAAAGUCGACGACAACAUGUACCCGCCAAUGCGCACAUCAAUGGCGUCAAUAACACGAAGACUGCUCUUGCAGUCACGGCAAUGCCCACCAAGGAUACGAGCUCGCGCACCAUCAAGACACAGCACCCCCGCACAAUGGCAGCAGCGCCCACUCUCGACAACACCCGGACGAUGCGCAAAUGAGCCAACGAAAGAGGGCUCCGCAACCGCAGCAGAUGCCCGGGCACCGACUCAAACCCUUGAUGAGCUAGCUCCGCAAUUAUCCUACUCCAACACCACGGAAGAGGUUCCCUUCAACAAGAUGACAGAAGAGGAGCGUCAUGAAGCCAUGCUUAGCAACCUGCGCGCCUCACUGGCCGAAAUCGACCCCUCAGUCGUUGCCGACGCCCAGCGCAAAGGAAAAGCCGGACUCCCACAGACAGAGAACUUUGGCCUAGAAACCGACGAGGACUUUGACAUUGAGGAAGACGACAGGAGGAAGAUCCAAGCUGGUUUCUGGGCCGAAGGCGAGGAGGAAAUGGGACCAGAUGAGGAUUACUACGGCGACGACUUGACGAGUCACGGUCACGGUGAAUUGGAGCAGCACAGAGAGUUGAGGGAAUAUGCGAGGUUGAUUGCGUGGGAAUUGCCGCUUUUGAGCCACCUCGCCCGCCCGUUUGAACCCCCUACAGCAGCAACACCCUACCGGUUCCGCUACACGUCAUACCUGGGCGAAUCACACCCCGCCACCAACAAAGUCGUCGUGGAAUUCUCGCCUCAAGACCUCUCGCAAUCCGACCAGCUAACGCCCACGCAAAUCAACAAGAUGAUCAAGCUCGCCGGGCCCCGCUACAACCCCACAACCCGCAUCGUCAAGAUGUCGUGUGAGAAAUUCGAUACCCAAGCUCGCAACAAACGCUUCCUGGCAGACACAAUCGCCGGCCUGAUUGAAGCUGCCAAAGACGCCACUGACACGUUUGAAGACGUGCCGUUUGACUUUCGCCAUCACACGCCUAAGAAGAGGACCGAGUUUCCCAAGGAGUGGGUUUUGAGCAAGGAAAGGAAAAUGUAUCUCGAGGAGAAGCGCAAGCAGACGGAGUAUCUGGAGGAUCAGCGACAGGGCAAUGGUAUGUUGGUCGAUGGCAAGAGGGUGCUGGAUGCGAGUUUGCCGUUUAUGAAUGAGAGCCAGCAGCCGCAGACGGUCAUGGCGGGAGGGGCGAGGGGGAAGCCGUUGAGGUAGUUGUGUUGGAAGCGUUGAUGUACAGAUUAUCUGUAUGAUUAUA